AUGCGAGGAAUAUCUUGCCUCUUCGUGAUGACCACGCUGCUGGUGAUCGCCGCAGCGCUUCCGCAAUCCUCCUCUGGGUCAAGACCCAAUGCCGGCCGGAGGAAUUGGUGGAGCUUUCGUCGAACGCAAUGGCCUGAUGUUCCCGACCGCGCCUUCCUGCCUGUGGCCGACACCAACCCGACUUUUGCUGCUGCUCAGGCUCAGACUCAGGCUCAACAAAGGCUAGCAGGUGCUUUGCAAAAUGCCCAGGACGCUUCAACGUGGUCUCAAGCCGAAAUCUCUCGAAUGGGUGGACCAGGCUCCGCUUUCCGGCCUGUAACCAAAAGGCCCGAAGACGCUGCACCUUCGCGACCGUUCUUGCCAGCCCCCGCACCUUCAUUGGGAGCAGGAUCCAGUCAGGAGGCCGAAUCUUUGCAUGCUCGUGCUGACAUCCCUAACCAAAAUUCCGCGCAGGAUCGAAUCUACGGCCUUGGUCACAGCAAGUUUGUCGCGCGAGCCUAUCCAGUCGACACGCCUCUGUUUACUCAUCUCUACAGUGACGAAUCCCUUGUGCCUGUCAACUUUGAGGAUUACGUGCAAGGAAUACGCCUGCUGUCCCUGGGCUCGGCCUACCGACCCGAACCGGCACUGCUGCGCGCGAUACAAAGCAUGAUCUGGACGAAGCUGGGCAGGUUUGGCUUCAACCCCAUGCAGGUAGCCGGAACGCCUGAUCUCGUGGAGGGUCAAUACCUGUGGCCGCCCCUCAGCAGGGAUCGAUACACCGGUAAUGUGAACAUGCCAGCGGAUGUCUUGAGGCGCUUGCGCGGCACGGUCAAGGAUCGACUGAGGCGCUUGCGGCCCAGCGAUCCAGACUUGUAUCAUUUGCAGGUCAACGGAAGGCACAUUCUUGCUUUCACGACAAAGCCCAUCUAUCAAGUCAACCUUCCGUUCACGCCGAGCAGGUCGGACCUGUGGAUGUUCUUCGAGAUGAUGGCUCCCAGAGACGCCAACGCCGCCGUCCCGCAUCUGACGCUGCUGGGAUCCACUUUCCUUCCUAGGGGGGCUAGGAGACUCAUGACCUCGGGGGAUGUUAUGUGGCCCGCGUUUUUACAUGCUCCUCGCCGUUGA